AUGGUGCGAACCAAGAAGCGUGUUCCUGGACCUAUAAAACGACCGUUAGUAGAUCCUCCUGCUGCUGAAGAUGUUCCUCCUGCGUCUGAAGAUGUUCCUCCUACUAUGAAACGACAACGACCCUUAAUAGAUCCCCCUUCUGCUGGGAAGCCUAGUGGGGAGUCUUCUAGGAAUGCUCCUGCGGGGAAAGCUGCUGAAGAUGUUCCUCCUCCUACUACUGAAGAUGUUCCUCUUGGUCCAGAAGAUCACGUUGCAGCAAAAAGAGUUAAGUUUGCUGCUGGGACGUCCGGUGAGACCUGUGUAGGAAAGUCUGGUGAGACUUCUAUUGGGAAGUCUAGGGGAAAGUCUUCAGGGAAGAAGUCUGAGGGAAAGUCUUCUGGGAAAGCUGGGGGGAAGUCUGCCGGCAAAGCUGCUGUGGGAAAGUCUGCUAGGAAAGAUGGGGGAAGUCUGUUGGGAAAGGUGUGGUGA